AGUGCUACGGAGUAAAACUCAAAUUUGGGGCGGUUGGGUCGGUUUGAGCGUUUCUCUUUCUCUACACAUCAGCACAGAGGAGUGUAGCUCAGUUUUGACUUCUGCCACCAUGGGGGUCUGUCCUGAUGGUAAACACUGGGAUAGCCUGAUAAAAAGAUGCAUGCCCGGCAACAUGAAAAGCAGAUCAAAACCUAAACCGACCACAGCCCUGCGAUUGACUGGUGACCAGACAAGGGUGUACCCUGCCUCUCGCCCGAUGACAGCUGGGAUAGGCUCCAGACCCCCCACAACCCGAAAUGGAAUAAACAAGCCGACCCUUCCUCCGGUGGUCCAGGUGAAAUCCACAACUCCUGCUCCUAAGACGUCCUCAGAGGCGUUGCUAAGUCCAUUCAUGUGGAUCAGUGUGGCUCUGGUCACCCUGGGUCUCAUCCUGAUCGUGUCUCUGUGGUUAAUCAUUUGCAUAAAGCGGACUAGGAACAGAAGAAUGCUGGAUGACUCAGAGCAGCAGGAUCCUCUUCAGAAAGCAAACCCUCCCGUUGAAAUCCACUUUGAGCCUCCGGGCAGAAACAUCCCUACAGAGACGUCACACAGAGCCCCUGAAGACCCUUCAAUCUGCACUCAACUGGACACAGGAGACCAAACAGGAUCCGAGGAGAGUUUCACCGUUUGUCGUUGUCUCCCAAGGCAUGCUGGGAUGGAGUCAGAGUUUGGACUGGCUGCAGGAAACAAUAUGAGGGAGCACAGAGUCCCGCUCCCCGCCACAGAGCUGGGUGGUACUGUGUUAGUCACAACAAAGACUGUGUAGUGUGAAUGUUUAACUGUGUUUAUAAAACCUUUUCUUCACUGCACACUCUGCACAUUGAGAUCACUCAGUACGUUUACAUGCACCGCAAUAGUCGAUCAGGACUGCUCUAUCUGUCCCAGUAUACAUGCAGAAUAGGAGGAUGAACAAGAUCAGUAUGAGCCCUCUUUCAUCAAGUCACAACGGACCUUCUUCCUGUUCACCAUGAUGCAAGUUAGCAGCAGCUGUCUGGUUGUUUGUGAAAACAUGAACACAUUUAACGCUCUGUACAUUUUUGUACAUCUUCUAUGCUGUUAGUAAAAACACGAUGCACUUUAUCAGCCUGGCUUAUAGUUAGAUCUGAAGGCAGAAAACCACCCGACUUUUGCUUUGCUUGGUGUUUACGCUAACUGACUUCUGCCUCAUUGCCUGGAGCAUGCUCAGCUAUGUGGCUAAUGUAGAUAACAAGAUAGAAUAUAAUAUACAUAGAAUAUGUUACCGCUUUGUGAGCUUAGCUUUAGCUACAUCAGCUAUAUAGCUACAUAGCUAAUAAAGCUGCAUAGAUAACUUAGCUACAUUUUCUACAUAGCAAUGUUAUCUAUAUAGCUAUGUAGAAUAAUACGGCUACAUAGCAGCUUUUUGAGCUUACCUACAUUAGCUACAUGGCUGCAUAGCUAUAAAUCUGCUAACAUAGCUUUGUAGGAACAUUAGCUAUGCAGCUAUUUUAGCUACAUAGUUAAAUUGCUAACAUAGCUACAUGGAUAAUAUGUAAGGGUUAUCCAUGUAGCUAUGUUAUCAACAUAGCAGUUACCUACACAGCUUACGCAGAUAAUGUAGCUACAUUGAUAGAACAGCUAUGUUAUCUACAUAGCUAUGAUAUCUACAUAACUGUUACUCACGUAGCCUUGUAGAUAAUAUUGCUGCAGAGCUUACAUAGCUGCUUUAUGAGUUUAAACUUUAGCUACAUUUGCUACAUAGCUAUACAAGUCUUAGCAUGUCUUUGUAGCAACAUUAGCUAUGCAGAUAUGUUAGCUACAUAGUUAUGUAGCUAACAGCUAUUUUGAUAUGUUUUGAGUACAAUUCCAGACAAUCAUGUAUACAUGCAUUUAAAAAUCCUGUUUUCAUCAGACUAAUACAACAAAACAGCUUUUCUGAGUGCAUGUAAACAUACUGAGUGUGGUUAGUUUCUUUUCAUUUUUAUCCAUAUUCUGGGUAUCUUCUUUCCUACCAUGUUUUGAUGGUUUUUAGAUCAUUUUUGAAUUGUUCUGCUUCUUUUUUGUGUCUUUUUCUGCAUAGUAGUUUCUGGGUAAAUUGGUGUCCAAUAGUACAUUUUAAACUGUGUAUUGUUUACUUUACCUCAAAGUUUUACAAAAAGAGAAAAAAACAUGAUGUGCUCUUAAUCUUUUUCUGUAUUUCAAAAAUGUUUAUUCAAACAAAAUCAUCACAGGAAUGUUUCUGAUGUUCUGAAAAAAGUGUUUUAAUAAAGUUUAAGGUUUGACA